AUGGGCUGUUUAGAACUGGGUCCCCAACCAGCAAUACCGGACGGCAUCUGCAGGGUGGGGACGGGGCCAGUGCGUCGGAGGCUUCUGCGCCGAGCCAGCUGUGCCAGGGGCUGCGGCAGCACCCCUCAACACGUGGGGAACCAGGAGAUUCAGACCCCUUGUAGCACACAGGUAACAGGCGACCACAUCAGUAAUGCGUUGGGUUGUGUGACUGGGAACUCCCGGGCAACCAUUGAUGAAGUGGAAACAGAUGUGGUGGAGAUAGAGGCCAAGCUUGACAAGCUGGUAAAGCUAUGCAGUGGGAUGAUUGAAGCAGGCAAAGCCUACAUCACCACGAACAAGCACUUUGUCAGCGGGGUCCGGGACCUGUCGCAGCAGUGCAAGAAGGAUGAAAUGAUUUCGGAGUGCCUCGACAAAUUUGGAGACAGUCUGCAGGAAAUGAUUAACUAUCACAUGAUCCUAUUUGACCAGGCUCAGAGGUCAGUCCGGCAGCAGCUGCACAACUUCGUGAAAGAUGACGUCCGGAAGUUCAAGGAAACCAAGAAGCAGUUUGACAAGGUGCGAGAGGACAUGGAGAUUUCACUGGUGAAGAAUGCCCAGGCACCUCGGCACAAGCCCCAUGAAGUGGAGGAGGCAACAGGCACCUUGACCAUAACCAGAAAGUGUUUCCGGCACCUGGCCCUAGACUAUGUGUUGCAGAUCAACGUCCUGCAGGCCAAGAAGAAGUUUGAAAUACUGGAUGCGAUGCUGUCCUUCAUGCAUGCCCAGUACACCUUUUUCCAGCAGGGCUACAGUCUUCUCCAUGAACUGGAUCCCUACAUGAAGAAACUAGCCACAGAGCUGGACCAGCUGGUGAUUGAUUCUGCAGUGGAGAAGAGGGAGAUGGAGCACAAGCAUGCGCUGAUACAGCAGAGGACCUUACUGCAGGACUUCUCCUAUGAUGACUCGAAGGUGGAGUUUAACGUUGAUGCCCCAAAUGGAGUGGUGAUGGAAGGCUACCUCUUCAAGAGAGCUAGCAAUGCUUUCAAAACAUGGAAUCGGAGGUGGUUCUCCAUACAGAACAGUCAGCUGGUCUACCAGAAAAAGCUAAAGGAUGUCCUCACGGUAGUGGUGGAAGACCUGCGGCUCUGUACUGUCAAGCCGUGUGAAGACAUAGAGAGGAGGUUUUGCUUUGAGGUCGUCUCACCUACCAAGAGCUGCAUGCUGCAGGCUGACUCGGAGAAGCUGCGCCAGGCCUGGAUUCAGGCUGUUCAAGCGAGCAUUGCUUCUGCAUAUCGGGAGAGUCCUGACAGCUACUACAUUGAAAGGCUGGACCGGACUGCUUCCCCAUCAACCAGCAGCAUUGAUUCUGCUACCGACUCCCGGGAGCGCAGUGUGAAAGGAGAGAGCAUCUUGCAGAGAGUGCAGAGUAUCCCUGGGAAUGACCAGUGCUGUGACUGUGGCCAACCGGAUCCUCGCUGGGCCAGUAUCAACCUGGGCAUUCUGCUGUGCAUUGAGUGCUCUGGUAUCCACAGGAGUCUGGGUGUCCACUGCUCCAAAGUCCGAUCUCUCACGCUGGAUUCCUGGGAGCCAGAGUUACUGAAACUGAUGUGUGAGCUGGGGAACAGUACCAUGAAUCAGAUUUAUGAGGCACAGUGUGAAGAAUUGGGACUCAAGAAACCAACAGCAGGGAGCUCCAGGCAGGACAAGGAAGCCUGGAUCAAGGUGAAGUAUGUGGAGAAGAAAUUCCUGAAGAAGCUGCCAAACGGGGAGACUCUAACAGAGAAUGAGCGGAAACCUCGACGCUGGUGUGUGAAGAAGUGCCAGAGACACAACAGCACCACAAAAGCACCCACGGCUCGUAGAAAGUACCGCCACGAAGCAGGCAAUGCAUCCCCAGCCAUGUUGUCAUCAGCUACGCUGGAGAGGAAGUUCCGUCGAGAUUCCCUCUUCUGCCCUGAUGAGCUGGACUCUCUCUUCUCCUACUUUGACACUGGUGCUGGCUCCGGCCCACGCAGUGCCAGCCACAUCUCUAUGCAGCAUCCGCUAGCAGGUGGCCCAUGGAGUGGCAGUGGCAUUGGUCCCGGUGGGAGCGGUAUGCCGUUCCUCCUGGACGGAGGUCUGAGCAGUGACAGUGGGCUCGGAGGAAGCACCGACGGCAGCACUGAUAUCCUGGUGUUUGGCUCUGUGGUGGACAGCGUGACAGAGGAAGAGUGCGAGGUGUCAGAGGAGUCAAGUGGUGAAGCAGAGAUUGAACAGGAGGCAUCAGAUUUGGAGGACCUGAGGGAGCUGCAUCCUGGCUUGUUGAUCUACAAGGCAGCACAAGCCCGAAACCUGCCCCUCAUGGCAGAAGCACUGGCACAUGGUGCUGAGAUCAACUGGGUGAAUGAUGAAGAUGAAAACAAAACUCCUCUGAUUCAAGCUGUGAUGGGGAAUGGGGCAGAUGUUAACCAAAGAGAUAUCCGGGGCCGGGCUCCCUUGCAUCACGCCACGUACUUAGGGCAUACUGGUCAGGUCUGCUUGUUCCUCAAGCGAGGGGCAAAUCAGCACGCGGUGGAUGGUGACGGGCAGGACCCGCUCAGUAUUGCUGUCCAGGCAGCCAACGCAGACAUAGUUACCUUGCUGCGUCUGGCUCGAAUGAAUGAGGAAAUGCGAGAAGCAGAGGGCCCCUUUGGACAACCAGGUCAAUAUCCCAGCAACAGCCCCACUGAGCUGCAGUACAGGAAGUGUAUACAGGAGUUCAUCAGCCUUAAUAUAGAUGAGUGUUAG